CAGCGCCGGCGGCGGCGGCCUUAAGGGAGGCGGCGGCGGCCCGGGACAGUCCAGUCGGCCUGUCAGCCGGCUCGGAGGCGGCCUCCGGCUUUCGCGCCGGCACGACGGCCAUGGCGGCGGAGGAGGAGAAGGUGGAUCCCGCCGACACCUGCGAGAGGUCAGGAUGGCUAACUGGUUGGCUUCCCACAUGGUGCCCUACAUCUACAUCACAUCUUAAAGAAGCCGAGGAGAAAAUUUUAAAAUGUGUUCCCUGCAUAUACAAAAAAGAACCUGUUUGUAUAUCUAAUGGAAAUAAAAUAUGGACACUGAAGUUCUCUCAUAAUGUUUCAAAUAAGACUCCUCUUGUCCUUCUCCAUGGUUUUGGAGGAGGUCUCGGAUUAUGGGCACUGAAUUUUGAAGAUCUUUGCACCAAUAGACCUGUCUAUGCUUUUGACCUUUUGGGCUUUGGACGAAGUAGUAGACCCAGGUUUGACAGUGACGCUGAAGAAGUAGAGAACCAAUUUGUAGAAUCCAUUGAAGAAUGGAGAUGUGCCCUAGGAUUGGACAAACUGAUCUUACUUGGACACAACCUAGGUGGGUUCUUGGCUGCUGCUUACGCACUGAAGUAUCCAUCAAGAGUUAAUCAUCUCAUUUUAGUGGAACCUUGGGGUUUUCCUGAGCGACCAGACCUUGCUGAUCAAGAGAGACCAAUUCCAGUUUGGAUCAGAGCCCUGGGUGCAGCAUUAACUCCUUUUAAUCCUUUAGCUGGCCUCAGGAUUGCAGGACCCUUUGGUUUAAGUCUAGUACAACGUUUAAGGCCUGAUUUUAAACGGAAGUAUUCUUCGAUGUUUGAAGAUGACACUGUGACAGAAUAUAUCUACCACUGUAAUGUACAGACUCCAAGUGGUGAGACAGCAUUCAAAAACAUGACUAUUCCUUAUGGAUGGGCAAAACGGCCAAUGCUCCAGCGAAUUGGUAAAAUGCACCCUGACAUUCCAGUUUCAGUCAUCUAUGGCGCCCGGUCCUGCAUAGAUGGUAACUCUGGCACCAGCAUCCAGUCACUGAGACCACAUUCAUAUGUGAAGACCAUAGCUAUUCUUGGUGCAGGGCAUUAUGUGUAUGCAGAUCAACCAGAAGACUUUAACCAGAAAGUAAAGGAGAUCUGUGACACUGUGGACUGAGCACAUUGAAGAUGAUGUGGGAAAACCUGCUGACCGAUGCAGUUCCUCAGCAAUCAUUCACAGUCACAAUGAAGAGCAUGGAACACAAUGAAAGAAGCAGGCAAUCUUCUUGACUGUUCUUUGCACUUGUUUUCUUUAUGAAGUCGCUUGCACUUUUAAACCAGUUAGUGCCUUCUAGAGGACUGGGUUUCCUUUCUCCUAUACAAAAUCAAAAUAUACAAGAGUCUCCAAAUCUAAUAGCUUUAAUAAAAGGUUAUUUGUCCUUCUGUUAUACUGAAAAACUGUAAUUUUUCAAUUGAAAUUUUUCAUCUCUAACUUUGCUAUGUCAGGCACUUUUUAUAUUGCCAAUUUUUAAAGUAAUUUCUGGAUCUGUUUUAUAUAAUGUAAAGGUGCACUUUAUUUUCUUCGCUUGUAUUUACCAUGUUUAAUAACUGGUAUAGGAAAUCAAAACUCAGUGUUUUAUGUAAAAAUUGUCAUUUUAGAAUAUUUCACUUCAUUUUUGAAAUGGAGUAAUUACAUUUUAGUGAAAAAAAAAUGGGAGUUGAUCACUAGCCGUACUUUUUCUGAUUUUCUUAUCUUCUUGAUUUAAGGCUUCAAAACCAUAUUUAACACUUUAAAUGUGAUUCAUCCUGACAUCUGCAACAACAUAACUGAAAUCUACAAUGUAUGGCAUAAUUCUGCAUUUUCAGGGACACAUGACACAAAUAUUUAAAUGAUUCAAGUACUGAAAAGUCUUUACACCCCCCACCUCAUUAAUACUGUUAUUUUCCCAUGAGCCAGACAGGAUGUAGCAAAAGGUACAUAUUUUCCCAAAGGUAAUAUCAAGAUUGUUACCUUCCAGGAGUUCACAUCCUCUGUCUUCAUCAGUAUCUAACUUGCAGAUGGGUGCUAAAUAUGGGCUAUAUUUGUACCACUCAAAUUUAUUUUGUAUUUAUACAAAAAUAGGGGUGCUUUUAUAUCCCACAGCACCAGGAAUGAACAAGCUUUUGGAUUUAUUGUUUUCUUUUGAAAGGGUUUGUAUUGACUUAAUAAAAUACAUACUUGAAGCUAUAUUACAAGAUUUCUGAAAAGUUGAUUGAACUAUGUAACAGUAACUACUGUAAAUUGUGGCACUUUCUUGCUUUUAUAAAAUGAGGGAAACUUUCUUAAACCUGUGGGAAAAACUCUAUAAGAUAACUGGCUGCUGGAGUAGGCCCAUUACAAGAGAAAACUGAAUAAGAUUAUUGUUAUCACCAAAAGACAUCUUUGCCUUAAGUUUUACUAAUGUUGCUUGCCUAAGAGAAAUAUGUUUAUAUAAAUAAGAACCCUGAACUAGAACAAAUAGUGGUUUAAUGGUUUUGACUGUUGCAUUUUUAAAGUGGUUAAUUAGGAAAUUUGUAGGAUUAGGAAUUAUAAAGUGUAUCACUAUUGAUUAGCUUCCAGAAAGACUGUAUGUUCUAUUUUUAGCACUAUCACUACUAUAAGAAUAAGGAGAAUAUAUGAAAAUAGAACAAAAAUCUUUUCAGUGAACUCCCUUGUUAGGUUAAUGCAGUAAUUACAAGAAAGUAAUAUGAGAUUUGUCAUUUGUCAGAUUUCUUAAGCCUACAAACAAAAGUAGGCCUUGAUUUUUACAUUAAAAUGUCUUCUUGAAUGGCUAAAUUCAAACUUACAAGAGGGAAGGUAAUUAGGGCAAUACGUGUUUGACUAUUCUCCAGUCCUUCUGAAUUAUCCUUUGCUAGUUGAGCGAGUUUUCACUUGAUUAGGAGGUUUUCUCCACAGGGAACAUAGUCCCAGUUCUUGCAGGGAUAUUAUAUAUUCUCCAGUGAAUGGCGGGUUUAUGGCCACAGAUGCACUAAAUGAGACAGGAAAAAAAAAAAAGAUUACCUGUGUCAAGUGGAACUUUUGUUUUCUACUUACUGAUUUUGCUUUAUUUUAAAAAUAUGCUAAUAACAUUUUUAAGGUGAACUUUUACCUUGGAGUGUGGAGUAUGAAAUUUUGUGGAAAUUGAGCCAGCAGAAAGGUCAAAAUCCUUGAAUUCUUGAAUAUCCCAUGAAUGAUGAGUGUUCUUAAAAAUAAAAUCUGUUACAGCACUUGA